UUCAUUGUUUAAUCUUCGAUCCGCCAUGUUGUUCAAUGUAGACAAGGUCGUGAUCACAGCGGGCUUAAGUUAAAUUUUCACACAACAAUUUGUCUCUCAAAUUAAUUUACACAAUCACAGGAAUCAGCAGUCAACAUGGAUAUGCUUUUGUUGUUGAGGUUUUAAUUGCAGCACGUCGAACAGUUAUAGGAACCAUUUAGAUGUUUUUACUUUGUCUUUUGAACGAAUAUGGAAACCAAUUUGACUUGGCCUGCGCCUCCUACGAAAAGUGAUCCUCCCGUGGGACGUUACCAUUUGGGCGUCCGCCAGUAGAGGCGUACAACGUACUGUAUUCUUAACGCGUCCUUGACGUAGUCUUACGUAUAUGCAACGAGUUUAGCACUUGGGUGACAGUUACUGUUGUGAGGUUAUGUGAUACCUGUGUGUGACAGGCGUUUGUGGGACGUUUCCGUAUGUAGGACAUCCGUUGGGACGUUUGAAUAAUUUCUGUACACAAUGGCCGUAUCAAUAUUUGGAAUUUCAGCUCUGUUAAUUUUCUUCCUCGACGUUAUCGGUAACGCCGUGGUCUUUUUCACGUUCAUGCGAACUCCGAAUCUAUCAACAAUAACAUUCAAAUAUCUGGUUUUUAAUGUUGCAAUUGCUAAUGUGUUAGCCGGGGUUAUUUGCAUUUUCCCCGAUGCAAUUUACUCCCUCUCCACGGACAGCAGUGCCUGGACCUGGGGCGACGGAUUCUGUACAACCACUGCCUUCAUCUAUGCGUUUUGCACGUACCUUUGCCUGCAUACCAUUACGGCAAUUUUUAUCGAGCGCUAUGCACGAAUUUGCUAUCCUGUUUACUACGAUAUGAUCUUUGGGAAGAGUGUGACAAUUAUCUGCAUUGUGGGGCUUUGGUUCUAUUCAUUUGUUCUAGCCUUAUUACCUAUCAUUACGUGGGGAGAGUACGGUUUUUCGGCAGCGGAGCAUCGAUGCAGCCCCACCGUGCAAGGCUGGCAAACUCAUCCCAGUCACUUAACAUUCACAAUUGUAAUGGGAAUAUGCUUCCCAUUUCUACUUUCAUGUGUGUUUAUUGUUCUAAGUAUCCUUCACAUACGUAAAGUUCGAAAGACGAAGGGAACAAAAAGCGAAGGCGUCGAGUCUUACGGCGACAAGUUCAGACGUGCACAAAACAAAAUCAAACGUGAUAUAAGGGAUACAUCGACUUUACUCGAAAAGAAAAAAAAGAAGCCGAAGAAGAAAAAGAGAAAGAAAGAAGACAAUAUAGACUCUCCAUUGGAGUCAGAUCAAUCUGCUUCUUCUUCGUCGUCGUCGUCGUCCUCCUCCUCCUCCUCCUCGUCAUCCUCGUCGUCAGAAGACGAGAAUGUACCGUCAGGGCAUCAGAAGUACAAACUUGCACGCCGGAUCAAUCGCAAGCAACGGUACAGACCAAUCGAAGUAGCCUGGCUGAAAACCUUCUCCGCUACAAUAUUACUAUUCAUGAUAUAUUGUCUGCCCUACAUUAUUGUCAAAUAUAAUAUUGUGUACCAGAAAGGCACUAUCUCUGAUAACGUCCUCACGGGGGUUGUUGUUAUUGCCUUCAUCAUCCAUGCGAUUAAUCCGAUUGUGUAUCUGUGUAGUGGCAACAAAUAUUAUGUAAAAGCGUUUGUGAAUACAAUUAAACGCAAAAAAUAAUUUGUUUUAAAAUAUUAUGACAUAACUUUUAAGUAUCGUUAAUCAAUGUAUGAAUGUAUGAGGGCGCUGUUUACCGAAUGGAAACCAUUAUGUAAAAACAAAUAAGUCUAUGUUCAAAUUAUUUAUUUAAAAGCAACAACAAUUUUUAAUUCGUAAGCUAUGUUACCGGACUGUAGAGUAGGUUCAGCAGACUGUGGAUGAGCCACAGAUUACAAAGUCCCCAGCUGAGGCCCACGGUCUCUGACGAGAAGUUGAAAAUCC